AUGAUACGACGACAAGUUCGCGAGCGUCGCGAAUAUCUCUACCGAAAGGCACAGGAAUCACAGGAACGCCAGACAUGGGAGCGCAAGCAAAAACUCAAAGAUGCGCUCGCGGCAGGAAAGCUCGUCCCAGGAGAGAUGAGGAAGGAUGCAGAGAAGCUGGGAAAGGAUCUGAUGUUCGAUCAGUCGCAGACAGAACCGGAGAACCACGUCGACAGCGAGUACUCUCGAGCAGGCAUCCAAGAUCCUAAAAUUGUUAUCACCACCUCCCGCGAUCCCAGUUCCCGACUGCAACAGUUCGCCAAGGAAAUGCGUCUCGUAUUCCCCAACGCACACCGUAUAAACCGAGGAAACUACGUCGUCUCCGAGCUUGCUACCGCCUGUCGAGCAAACGACGUGACGGACCUUCUGAUCCUACACGAGCACCGAGGGACGCCUGACGCGCUCAUCGUCUCCCAUUUUCCGCACGGGCCAACUCUCUUCUUCACCCUGCACAACGUUGCUCUACGACACGAUAUUGCGGCUUAUGGGCAGAGCACCGUCAGCGAGCAGUAUCCACAUUUGGUUUUCGAAGGCUUCUCGAGCCCGCUAGGGAAUAGGGUCAUGGAUGCCCUGAGAUACCUCUUUCCGGUCCCGAAGGAUGACAGUAAGAGGGUAAUGAGCUUUGUCAAUGAGAGCGACUUCAUCUCCUUCCGACACCACGUCUUCGUCCGCACGUCACACAAGUCUGUCGAGCUAGCCGAAGUCGGGCCCAGGUUCGAGAUGAAACCAUACGAGAUCCGUCUUGGUACUAUCGAGCAGAACGAAGCUGAGAAGGAGUGGGUGUUGACCCAUUAUACGCGAACGGCGAAGAAGCGACGCCAGCUCUGA